CCGUUUAAAGCACGGAAGGAGACCGCCAAAGAGUAGAAUAACCUUAAACUAUAAUCCCUAUAUCACUAUCUCAGUAUCUCUUUCUUUCUGGAUUUUUAGAGUUAUUAUUACUAAAUAUUAUUAUGGGUAGGAUUGAAUCUAACUUGCCCAACACACCCCAUUUCAAUCCCUUAAACCCUCGAGAGUUUAGAAAACAAGCUCAUGAAAUGGUGGAUUUCAUUGCUGAUUAUUAUCAAAAUAUCGAGAGCUACCCAGUUUUAAGCCAGGUACAACCAGGCUAUCUCCGGGCUAGCUUGCCGCAAAAAGCACCGUCUCUGCCUGAAUCCCUUGAAACGAUCCUUGAAGACGUUAAAAACCAGAUAAUCCCAGGGAUGACGCAUUGGUUAAGCCCUAAUUUCUUUGCUUUUUUUCCUUCAACUGUUAGCACUGCUGGUUUCCUUGGUGAAAUGCUUUGUACUUGCUUUAACUCUGUUGGUUUCAACUGGAUUGCCUCGCCGGCGGCGACUGAGUUGGAAAUGGUAGUCAUCGAUUGGCUGGCUGACAUGCUGAAGCUACCCAAGUCGUUCAUGUUUCAAGGUACUGGCGGUGGCGUUAUCCAGAACACCACCAGUGAAGCUAUUCUCGUUACGCUAAUAGCGGCGAGGGACAAAGCUCUUGACGUCUACGGCUCCGGCAACUUGAACAAGCUUGUCGUUUAUGCUUCCGACCAAACUCAUUCCACAUUUGCUAAAGCUUGUAAGAUGGUCGGCAUUUCUCCUCGGAACAUAAGGUUGAUUCCGACGACGAUCGACGCUGGUUUCUCUUUAUCUCCCGUUCAGCUUAAGGCCGCCGUCGAAGCAGACAUGGCGGAUGGGUUGGUCCCACUUUAUCUUUGUGUCACCCUAGGGACCACUUCCACCACGGCUGUUGAUCCGAUCGAACUGCUCGCUGGUGUGGCGAAGGAACAUGGCAUGUGGGUUCACGUAGAUGCUGCUUACGCCGGAAGUGCAUGUAUAUGCCCCGAGUUCCGCCAUCACCUAAAUGGGGUAGAACGAGUUGACUCGUUGAGUUUGAGUCCCCACAAGUGGCUACUCAGUGGCUUAGAUUGUUGCUGCUUGUGGGUCAAAAACCCCACCGCACUCGUCAAAGCUCUAAGCACCAACCCGGAAUACUUGAGGAACAAACAAAGCGAAUCGGAUUCCGUCGUCGAUUUCAAGGACUGGCAAGUCGGUACCGGCCGGCGGUUCAAGUCAUUAAGAUUAUGGCUCAUUUUUCGAACCUACGGUGUCGUCAACUUACAAGGUCACAUCCGGUCCGACGUAGGGAUGGCCAAGAUAUUCGAGGAGUUUGUAAGAUCCGACCCGAGGUUCGAGAUUGUGGUGCCAAGAGAGUUCGGGCUGGUGUGUUUCCGAUUGAACCCGGAUGAAACUUUCGGGUCGGAUUACACCGAACUGUUGAACCGGAAGUUGUUGGAUUGGGUCAAUUCGACGGGUCGGGUUUAUAUGACUCAUACGAAAGUAGGUGGAAUAUAUGUCCUGAGAUUUGCUGUGGGCGCCACAUUGACGGCUGACAACCACGUGGUUGCCGCGUGGAAGUUGAUCAAGGAAGGAGCUGAUGCAUUGCUGAAGACUGUUUGAUUGCCUCCCCCCCCCCCACCGUAGCUAGUGUGGACGUGCUUUAGAUUUUGGAAAUGUGAUUAACAAGGUGCAAUGAAUAAAGAAUUUUAAAUUUUCGUUUUUAAA